GAAUUAUCGUUCGGUUUGUUCGUUUCUUCUAUCGCGCAGUCGUGGAUGAUGCGUAGCUUUAGCGGCGCAGGGCGGGCGGUCGCCGUGAGACUCCCGGCCCGGCAGUCGCGGCGCAGCGAGCCGCCCGCGCUAUUCCCACGCUCUCCCCGGAGAUAUCGCGAUCAAUAACGCCAUCCUACACAACAAACCCCAACGGAAACCCAUCACGAAACAAAAACCGGACAGUGAAAACAACGUGGAACUUUGAUAAACCUAUAAGUUAAAUGUGUUUGGACGAUUAAAUCAAAGACUGAAUAAAACUGUACCAAAUUAAACUAUGUGUUUCGUAAUCACUGUCAUAUGUUUAUAAAUUGAAGUGAAGUGUGUGUGUGGAGUAGUGAUGACGUCAUUGAAGCACGGAGUGAACUUGAGCAGACGCGCUUGCAGGCAAGCCUUCGCUUUGGUCGCUGUGAGCACGAUACUGCACGCCGUACAAUGUUCACCUGUCGAAACUACCACGAAAACGAAUCCGUCCAUGACAGUCGAUGGUAUAUCGACGUACCCUGGUCUAGGGUUCGGACCAAUGGGUCCUGUGGAGCCCUUACCCGGAGAGCCACCAGGCACACAGCUACGCCAGAACCAAGACACUACAACUGAAUUACCGACAACUGAGAAAACCAAGAAGGAGAGGACCUUCGUGAUAGCAGCGUUUGAGUUCCAUCGAGUGGAGACGCCAUUUUUGAUCGGACUUUGGAUAUUUUUUGCCAGUCUCGCGAAGAUAGGGUUCCACAUGGCUCCGAAACUAUCACGAAUGUUACCUGAGUCAUGUCUCCUUGUCUUCGUUGGUGUGUUGAUAGGUGCAUUACUUCUAAGUACUCACAGUGUACACGUUCAACCACUCACACCGGAUACCUUCUUUUUGUAUAUGCUUCCACCUAUAAUAUUGGAUGCGGGAUAUUUUAUGCCAAACAGGCUAUUCUUUGAUCAUUUGGGUACCAUUUUAUUGUUUGCUGUUGUUGGGACUGUAUUCAACACUUUGACUAUUGGUGCUUCAUUGUGGGCUUGCGGCCAGACUGGCAUGUUCGGGUGUACAACACCGUUAUUAGAUAUGCUGUUGUUCGGGGCUUUAAUAUCAGCCGUGGAUCCGGUGGCGGUAUUGGCGGUGUUCGAAGAAAUUCACGUUGACGAAGUUUUGUAUAUUGUUGUUUUCGGUGAAUCCUUACUUAACGAUGCCGUUACUGUUGUAUUGUAUCACAUGUUCGAAGCAUACACGGAAAUGGGACCGUCGCGUCUAGUCUACACGGAUAUUCUGGCCGGCCUGGCUUCGUUCCUGGUCGUAGCAGUAGGGGGAACGUGUAUUGGAGUUGUGUGGGGCUUCGCGACGGGUCUCGUAACUCGCUUCACCAACGAAGUCAGGGUCAUAGAGCCGAUCUUCAUAUUCGUAAUGGCGUAUUUAGCAUAUUUGAACGCGGAAAUGUUUCACAUGAGCGGGAUAUUAGCCAUAACAUUUUGCGGUAUUACAAUGAAGAAUUAUGUUGAAGCGAAUAUUUCACAUAAAUCACACACCACAAUCAAAUACACUAUGAAGAUGCUAUCGUCUUCGUCUGAGACCAUUAUAUUCAUGUUUCUCGGUGUCGCAACAGUGAAUAACACCCACGUUUGGAAUACGUGGUUCGUACUGUUAACCAUUGUGUUCUGCUCAAUAUUCCGGAUUAUAGGAGUAUACAUAUUUAGCGCUGUAGCAAAUAAGUUUCGUCUGCACAAAUUGAAUAGAGUUGAGAAAUUCGUCAUGUCUUAUGGAGGUCUCCGAGGCGCAGUGGCUUUCGCACUUGUUCUACUUAUAGAUCCAACGGUAGUAAAUCUGCAGCCCAUGUUUGUUACAACGACAAUAGCUGUGAUAUACUUUACGGUUUUCAUACAAGGCAUCACGAUCAAGCCCCUGGUCAAGAUACUGAAUGUGAAGACGGCGGAAAAACGGAAACCCACUAUGAACGAGAGGAUCCAUGAGAGGUGCAUGGAUCACUUGAUGGCAGGCAUUGAAGAUAUUCUCGGCAAACAUGGCAAUCAUCAUAUGCGUGAUAAAUUUAAAAGAUUCGACAAUAGAUUUAUCAGGCCAUUCCUUUUGAGAAAUUAUCAGGGAGCGGAACCGAAGAUUUUGGAGACUUAUUCGAAAUUAGCUAUGAGAGACGCCAUAGAAUAUAUGCAAAGAAAUGCUUCUACGAUCGGUAACAUUUCCGGAGCUGAAUCCAUGUCGGCGAUUUUCAAAAAUUACACAAACACAAACUUUAAUGGAAGUCCAAGUUUUAGUCAAAUAGAUACAUCGACUUGGAACAUAGACAUGCAGGAACUAGAAUAUAACCCCUCUAAGAAAGAUCUCACUGAUGCAAAAAUCCAUCAUCUGCUCGCUGAAGAAUUGUGCAAGCCUUUUAGACGGCAUCGUCGCCUAAGCUACAGCCGGCAUGCCGUAAACGAACGAGAUCUCGGUAUACAAGUCAACUACAAGACCCACAUGAACAUACGCAGACGGGUCGGUGACAGGAAACAUCAUCAUAAAAGGAGCAAACGUGGAAAACAGGACGGAAAAAAUCACGUUACUUUCCCGGAAUUCCAGCAAAACGGUUCGGCUAAACAGUUCACGCACGGUAAAAUAAAGUAUUAUAGAUUAGAUUAUAUCGACGAGGUACUUCAGGAGGACGGCGAAGAGCGGGAAGUCAGACGGGACGGCGACGACGGCGGUAUUACAUUCACUGCCAAAUCCCCGCCCGGCUACAAAGAAGUCAGUCCAACGUCUUCGCAUAAAGAAAAUAGUAGUUCACUUUUAAACCAGUUGGCUAACCUGCCCGGAUUUAAUCCUCUUAAGGCGAGGAUAAUAAAGCAGUACGUUAAAACGCCCGAAGAGAUACUACCGACAGCUGUUGAGAAAUCCUUACCGUGGAGAAGGGACAGAUCCACGUAUAACUUUGUUCCCAACGAAGACAUUCUAGAAGAAGACGAAAGAAGAUUGUCCGAUGACAACGAUAACUACAACAUGAUCGUGGCUGAGCAAGCUCGAGUGGCGACGCCAACAGCAACGGAGACAAUGUUGCCAUGGAAACGAGAAGAAGCUGAAGGAUCUGGUGCCCUCAAGCAAUCAGAAUUUCCUUCAUGGGCUUCAAACAAAGAAUAUCUAGCCUAUAAUUCUCCUUCCUCUACUUUCUUAGGUGGUAUAGAAAAGCCAAAGCAUCCAAAAUCUAUCAUAGGUCUAUUCCGAAGAGAAAGCUCUAGUUCGACCCAAGGCGCUGCUGAAGCUGUAGUGCUAUCUGAUUCCGAGGGGCACAGAGAGAGUACCAGUAAAGGCGAAGCGUCCUCAAAAGACGGUGGUGUACGUCAAGGUCCUAGCUUAUUAUCGAAACGAAGCACAAGCCUGGGUGGUCCGUCUGUGUUGUUGAUGGAGGACGUGGCCCAUUCAGAUCCUCUGGGUGCAUCUAGCAGACCAGCUAGUAUUAUGCAAGGACCGCAACGAGGACAAUGCCGGCGAGGUUCCAUGAUGGAGUUGACAGGUUCAAUGUCGCGUGAUGCAAUAACAGAAGAGAAGUGUUGUAAAUCGUUGCCAGAAAGUGAAAGGAUGGGCGUCAGGCGUCUUCCCCUAGGUCAGAGUCUGGGACGGGAGCCGUUCAUUCGACAGCUAACUUUAGCUUCGAGCCUUACGACUAGCUCAUCAUCAGAGGACUCAUCGGACGAAAACACCUGAGUGCCGCGUCGUGGUGACCCUGAUAGGUUGCCACUGUUAAAAUAUAGGACACUAGAAUAAACCAAAGAAUUGCUAGUUUGGACUCUGAUGUUCUCAUCAAGACACAGUACUGUGAACUUAUGGAUUUCAGUGCGGUUACUGACUAAAAAUUAGUUAAUAAAUUUCUGCAUGAAGUAAUAAAAUUUGAAACCUUUCAGUAGAAGUUAGAAGGAAGAUCGUUCGAAUUAAAUUCUUCCGUUUUUAACAUUCGAGUUAUUCAAUCGUUGAAUAUUCUUAGACGGUACUUUAGAGGUAUUUGUACCAAUCACUUGUAAAUGUAGUAAUUUCGUAGCGAAAUGUAACGCACAUUAUAUUAAAAUUUGGUGUUUAAUAUCUUAUUGAAAUUAUUUAUAAGUUUUGAAGUGAAAAAAAGAUGCUCUCGUUUGUGCGAGUGAUUUUGAUGUCUUGUAUAAAAUAUUGUGGAAUACGUGAGUAAAGCUUGGUUUUAUGAGGUGAUUGAUAAGUAAAGGUGGCGUAUAAAUACCUUCUUACGCAACAAAAUCCUUGAGUUGAACCUAAAUAUGGCUUUUGCGUAACGCAUCAUAUAACUCAUUUUUAGAUAAUUUAUAAUUUGUACUUACUUAUUUUACUGUGGUCGUAAAUGAAAUUCUUCAGAUUUUUGUUUUAAGGAAAGUUAAUGAAAAAGUUUUCAUAAUUAUAAUCGCAUAUUUUUCUCCACCAGGCGCGUGGUGAUGUGCCAUAAUAUGUAUUUUUAUAUGCUAUUUGUAAAUUUAUUGACGAAAGCCGGAUAAACUAAGGUAAGUAAGUACGUAAGUGAAUUGAAAAUAUAUUUUAAAGGCGCCACGUUGCCAAUGACAAUACUGUUAUUAGAUUAAACAAUGUUUAAAAUUAGUACUAGACGUAUUCAAUUAUUUUUGUGUCUCACUUAUUUUUGAGGCAACUUUGUAUCCUUUACUACCUUAAUUCUAUAAUUUAGUAUGAAGAUGGUGGUCCUACCAUAAGUUAUAUUCUUAUGUCAUUGGCAAAAUAAAGAUUUAAGCUAUUUGAGUGGAUUGGAUUCAUUGUAGAAAUCAAAAUUCAUGCUUUUUGAUAAUUAUUAAUAACUGCUUAGACAAAAUAAAGCUUGCAAUAAAGCCAUUCUUUAAUUUUAUAUGUUAGUAGCCGCGAUUUCGAUUUGUGUAGUUACUUCUUAAGGCGAAUAAGAAUAGAUAAAUAGACGAAUAAGAAUAUGAUUUACAAGACUUUUCCUUUAUUCCGGAAUCCCUUAGCCGAUAUAUCUUUUUUUGCUGUCAAAAAAUAUUUUAUACUAAAAGACAGUAAAUAUUUAAAUUUUCGCAAAUAUGUCUCGAUACAUAAGUAUUGUGUAUUAGAAAAAAAAAAUACUAGUAUUAUUAGAUUAUAAUUAAAAAAUAAAACAAAUUGAUGGACAAUGGGCAGUGUAGAAUGUGUCGGUAUGGAUGGAAAUAAAGUUAUUGGCCAGUGAAUAGUCUAUAGUUUGGGCGAUAUGUUUGGAGUUUACUCCCUAAGAGGUUGAAGUCCUUUUGAAAAUCGCCGGAAUCUUCCGGAUAGCACAUAAUCGCCAACCUCAGGGGAGGCUUAGGUCCAAAAGUGGGCUGUAUCAUCAAAGUGGAUUAUAUUCAACUAUCUCGCCUCAUCUAGUUUGAGUUUUUUUUAAAUAUCUAUUAACAUAUUUAAUAUAAAUUUAUUAUAGUGCAUAAAUAAAUAAGACAGUUAAAAUAUGAAUGUAGGGUCAUUUAUUUUAACUAAUUCAAAUUCUACUAGCUCUAUCUUAGCAGAAUUAAAUAUAUUUUCGUAACAGACCAAUAUACGUAAUGAAAAAUACAUAGCAGUACCCGUAUUAUUUAUGUAAAAUAAUCUAUAAAAUCAAUAUAAACCAUCAUGACUAAAAGCAUAUACAUACUUGGUUUCAGUAUUAUGAGAGCUGCUUUUAUUUACCCCCUUUGUCUGUUGUGUAUUUAAUGUAAAUUGCAUUUAAAGAGUAAACUCCAAUCGCGGGUCGGAGCUGACACGCACAAGAAAAAUAAAACAUUUCGUUCAGUAUUUUAUUUUAUCAUGGAUGUGUUCAUAAUAACGCAAUUUUUCAUUUUUGGUAGUUAAAAUUAGGGAUUUCUACAUUAUAAUAUGAUUAACGUAAAAAAAAAAAUAACUAAAGAUAUAAUAAGGUUUUAAUAAUCUAAAAUAAGAAAGUCGUUGAAGUUGUUGUUAGAUGAAUAGUAAUAUUUGCUCUAGUCGAAACGCUGGGAUUGGCUCAUCAAUGAUUCCAAGUGUGCUUUAUUGCUGAAAGUUUUACUAUCUCCCAUCAAUUUAGUGUUGUUUAUUGUAAAUUUCGUCAUGUUACAAAUUUUAUGUCUACUUUGACUUUGGGUAUGUACUAUGUAUCUAGUUAUCGGAAGCCGUACAUUAUUCAGGAGGUUAGUCCGUAUUAGUAUACUAAUAUCAGUUUAUUUGUGUUAAUUAAAAAAAAAAAAUUAAAUACAGAGGCUUUAUUUUGUAUUUUGAAAAAAAUUUAUGUACACGAUGGCCGAGAGGAAGAGAUAAAUACUUUUGAAUCAGCGGCAUGUUUGUUAAAGAGGAAAAAUAGUAACGCCCUGAAAAUAGCCAUUAAAAUUGUUUCUAAAUAAUUUAGCAGACGUUUUUCAGAAACAAGCUAUAGUUUUGUUGCAGAUUUGAGAUCGAGAUCCACAGAGGACGUCUAUUGUGGUUUUCGAUUUUAAAUAAGUAAUAUCAUUUUCUGAUAGUUACUGUACUACAUAUUUAGAUAUUUUUUUUAUAUUUAUUGAAGCGUAUAGAUUUAACAUAAUGGCUUACAAAAUUGUUUGUAAAAUUGUUUUCCAACUUUCUCUAGAUUAUUCCAUUGAGAAAUAAUGAGUUCAUCUUGAUCCUUUUAAUGUCCUAAUUUCAAAAAGGAAAUGUUAUUUCUACUGAUAUUUAAAGCCCCUGAGCUCUAUAUUUUGGUUUGAAAAUAUAAACUAAUUACAAUUACUGAGUUACACAAUAAAUUCGGGCUUUUACAAUAAGUAUGAUUAAAUAAUACGAAAACUGUAAGGGAGAGAAUUAACUAGCUUUACAUCAAUCAUUUUUAUGUAAAAUAUUUAGUUUAAACUUACGUUGUAAAAGUAUGUACUGCUUGAAUUAAUGUGGUGUGUCAAUUGAGAAAAAUAGUGCCUAGAUAGAUUACUUAUUAUUAUCUACACCGCUCUUUUUUUCUAAGCAGCAUUGUUUAAUUAUGUAUAAAUGCAUUUAUUGAAUAAUUUGGAAUUAACCAAAUAAAUAUUUAAGAUGCAAA